CCACCCAGCCAGGAGCCCCAGCGAGCAGGAGGGCUUUCUGGAGCAAGCCUCGCCCAGCCUCUGCACCAAGGACUCCGUGCACAGCACGGCAGCCCCGGGCCCAGGAUGCCAGCUGUCCGGCCGCUGCUUCUGGCCUGCCUGCUAUGGGGCGUGGGGGCCAGGGCAGCCGAGCUCCGGAAGGCCAACGACCGGAGUGGCCGGUGCCAUUACACCUUCAGCGUGGCCAGCCCCAGUGAGUCCAGCUGCCCCGAGCAGGGCCAGGCCAUGUCAGCCAUCCAGGACCUGCAGAGGGACAGCAGCACCCAGCGCGCCGACCUGGAGAGCACCAAGGCCAGGCUCAGCUCCCUGGAGGGCCUCCUGCACCGGCUGAGCUCGGCCCAGGCGGCCGGGCCCUCGGAGACCCUGGAGGGGCCGCACAGGGAGCUGGCCACCCUGAGGCAGGAGCGGGAGCAGCUGGAAACCCAAACCAGGGAGCUGGAGGCAGCCCACAGCAACCUCCUCCGAGACAAGGCGGUGCUGGAGGAAGAGAGGAGGCGGCUGGGGGCGGAGAACGAGGACCUGGCCCGGAGGCUGGAAAGCAGCAGCCAGGAGAUAGAAAGGCUGAGGAGGGGCCAGUGCCCCCAAGCCCGGGGCGCCCCUCAGGAAGUGCCACCGGGCGCCAGGGAAGUUUCUAGGUGGAAUUUGGAGAACCUGGACUUCCAGGAACUGAAGUCAGAGCUCACUGAGGUGUCUGCUCCCCGGAUCUUGAAGGAGAGCCCACCAGGACAUCCCGGGAGUGAAGAGGGGGACAUGGGAUGCGGAGAACUGGUCUGGGUGGGCGAGCCGGUCACUCUGAGAACAGCCGAAACCAUCACGGGCAAGUACGGUGUGUGGAUGAGAGACCCCAAGCCCGUGUACCCCCACACGCGGGAGACCACGUGGCGCAUCGACACGGUGGGCACGGGCGUCCGCCAGGUGUUGGAGUACAGCCUGGCCAGCCAGUUCGCGCAGGGCUACCCUUCCAAGGUGCACGUGCUGCCCAGGCCGCUGGAAAGCACCGGCGCAGUGGUCUACGCCGGGAGCCUCUACUUCCAGGGGGCGGAGUCCAGGGCGGUGGUCCGGUACGAGCUGAGCACCCAGACGGUCAAGGCGGAGAAGGACAUCCCUGGGGCCGGCUACCACGGGCAGUUCCCAUACGCCUGGGGCGGCUACACCGACAUUGACCUGGCGGUGGACGAGUCGGGCCUCUGGGUCAUCUACAGCACGGAGGCGGCCAAAGGGGCCAUCGUCCUCUCCAAGCUGAACCCCGAGAGCCUGGAACGGGAACAGACCUGGGAGACGAACAUCCGGAAGCAGUCGGUCGCCAACGCCUUCGUCAUCUGCGGCACCUUGUACACCGUCAGCAGCUAUUCUUCGCCUGACGCCACCGUCAACUUUGCGUUCGACACGGGCACGGGCAGCAGCAAGGCCCUGGCCGUGCCGUUCAAGAACCGCUACAAGUACAACAGCAUGAUCGACUACAACCCCCUGGAGAAGAAGCUCUUCGCCUGGGACAACUUCAACAUGGUCACCUACGACACCAGGCUCUCCAAGAUGUGAACCGCCGCCGCCUGGCUGCAUCAGGAACGGCAGGA